AUGCGCACUCUCUGCGGCGGUGGCAUCGGGCACUGCUUGUCAGUCGUAUCCUCGCAUGUGCGAAAGCGUGCACAACCCAGCGGAUAUGCUUCCCCACCAGAACCACGUGCGUAUCGCACACGUGAAUCCCUCGUCUGUGUUGUUUGGGGCAAAGUUUUCAGAUUAAGGGUGGGUGCCCUUUCUCCAAUCAUCCACAUCUAUCCAUCCAGACCUCAGGUAGGGUAAUAGUGUGCUAAAAUACUACAAUUUUUUCAACA